AUGGAAUCAAAGAACAUCACCACCACUGUGGCAGAAUUUGUCCUAUUGGGGCUGACACAGAGUUGCAAGCUGCAUCUGUAUGUGACCUUCUUUUUCAUCUAUGUGACAGCCUGGCUAACAAACUUCACCAUCGUUGUAAUUGUGGCUGUGAAUCAACAGCUCCACACACCCAUGUACUUCCUCUUGGCCAACCUUGACAUCAGUGAUUCCUCGGUCAAUACUCUCAAACUGCUGUCAGGCCUCCUCACACAACAUACAAUGAUCUCAUUUAAUGAGUGUUUCCUCCAUAUGUUCUUCUUCCAUUUCGGUGCAGGUGCAAUGGCUUUUUUCCUUGUGGGGGUGACAGUUGAUCAGUAUGUGGCCAUUUAUGCGCCACUGUGCUACUUGUCUAUCAUGAACUGGAACAUGUGCACAGGAUUGGUGGCAACUGCAUGGUUCAGUGGAUUUCUUCAUUCUAUUGUACAGAUUGGUUUUCUUCUCCAGCUACUAUUUUGUGGUCCAAAUGUACUGGACAAUUUCUACUGUGAUGUCCCUCAAGUCAUCAAACUGGCCUGCACUGACACUCUCAUGGCUGAACUACAGAUGGUGUUUAAUAGUCGAGUGAUUAUUAUUACUCUUUUUGUAAUUUCUUACACUGACAUCUUGCUUAAGAUAUGGACAUGCACCACAGAAGGGAAAUGGAAAGCCCUGUCUACCUGUGGAACCCAGAUAACUGUUGUGAGCUUAAUAUUCAUCCCCUGCAUCUUCAUCUAUGCCCAACCUUAUAAGAAAUUCCCUAGGGACAAGGUGGCCUCCCUUGUUUAUACUGUGGUCACUCCAAUGGUAAAUCCAAUGACUUACACAUUGAGAAACACUGAGAUGAAAAAGGCCAUGAGGAGAACACUGGGAAAAAUAUUUCUCUCAGGAGGAAUACAGAAACCAGAUCAGACAGCAGAUCCAAAGACAUCAGGUCUGGUGCUUCCAUGAGAAAACUGUGUUCAUCUCUCCUUCAGUAAGUGAGCAACUUUAGGUGUGAGAUGAAGGCAACAUUCACCUCCCAUUAGCUUAGGAAGGUCAGUCACAUGUUUUCUUGUCCUCCAUGGAGUGUGCAGUAUAGUGUGAUUUCUAGAGCCUAAUAAGAGUUUUCUGCAAUAAAUGACCUGCAAAGACAUCACCAUGGCACACCUGGGGUACUGACCAUGUGAGGGGCCCUAACCUCACCCUUGUUCUCCCUGGUGGAAAUCACAGCUGGGCAUUCCACUCCAGCAUGUCUCACUUCUCUUCAGCAAUCUAGUGUAGUUUCAUCUCUAGGUUAGCAUACCAGAAGACUAGCUUGGUAAACUUGAUUUUUAUAUCUGCUUGUCACAUAGUUACAAAGGGUCUUUAUAGUAGGGUCAGAUAUAGGUUCAUUGUACUCCUUUUCCCUCUCUUAUCCUCACUUUGGAUGGACUGUGUAGAUUUUAGGAUCAGUCCUGGAAGGCAACAUCCUGGUCCCACAUUAGACAACAUGGAGCUGGUUGAGGGAUAAGAUUGUCCCAGGAAUCGCUCAAGGGUGCUUCAGGGAUGGAGGUUCUGCCCCCACACCAUUCCCCUCUUCUUUGCUCUGCCCCAUCCUCCAGUUUCAUCUCAGCAAUCCUCACAUGAUCAUGGUCUCCUACAAAUCCGGAGUCUUCUACAUGGAACAGGCAUUCUGAAUAUAAUGCUAAAGAAGGACAAAUGCGACAAGCGAGGAGGCAGACCUCCCAUACUGUUUUCUGAAUUACUAAGAAAUUAAAAUUUAUUUGUAGAUCCUGACAGAAGAUCUAAAUUUUUUUUUUUGAGGAAAUGUCAGGCCCAAAACUGGGCCAUCUGGAACCAGGCAGAGACCUGGGGGAGCAGGAUUGAUGUAGAGAAGAGAAAAUUCUGUCUGCAGGAAUAUCUGACAUCACCUCAUGGAGGAUGUUGUGUGGAGGAGAAAACUUAGAAGUUCCCAGAUCUGCCACAGAAAGUGCUGCUGAACACUUAGCCACCCGACCUACAAAUGACCUCAAACUCAGAAUUAGCAUAGUCCUUUGGGUCUCAGAAACAGGUAAGUGUCCUUAUGCCUCACAUGGUAGGCUAACAAGGCCACGAAGGGCCUGUGUAGUAGGUGCCAGAGAUAAUGAAGGUCUGUGCACUGCAGGUGCCACCAAAUUCCCUUCAAAGGAGCUGGAUGUCAAUACUUCUGGUCUGUUGUCUGAGGAGCUCUUAGAUGACAUAGACACUGACUACUUGUCUUUCACUUCUGAAGGAGUGCUGAAGGACUGCUUUCAGGGUCAGCUGUGUGACAGGAGUGCAAAAGGACAGAAACUCUGCACCAGAAAGCAUGAGGCUGCUCAGAAUGGUGGUAACUGUGCUCCUCAAGGAUCGUGCUUCUCAAGGACCAUGGAGCCAACCCUGGGUGAAGAAAUUUCCCCAGUACAUCAAAUCUGAUCAUGGACACCAUCCCAGAUGGGGGAUGCUGCUGUCCACGUGUAGGUGCCUCUUGCUGGGUUUAGAGGGAUGGUGGCACCAUGUGUGGGAAACAAGCCAUGGUCAAGGCACUGAGUUGACAGGUGGAAGGACUGCAAGAAGGGACAGAGCAGAGAUGAUAGCAAAGUCCUUUACAGUGUCGAUGGACAUGUAGCUGGAAGGCACACUUUACUGAGUGGUGAGUAAGACUCAGGGUGGGAGAGGCUGGAUGCUUGUGGCCUCUGACAGAAGGAGAUGCUUGUUUUCUUUUGCCAGAGGACAGGUAGGAGAGUUAAGAAAGGGGAUAAGCAAAUAAUAAUAAUAAUAAUAAUAAUAAUAAUAAUAAUAAUAAUAAUAAUAAUAAUAAUAAAAGCCUACUUCAUAUGCAACUAUGUUUGGCUUCUUAUAGCACACAACAGAAAAGGUUUCAUGAGGACUGAGUCCAUAAUAUGAUGGGUGAGCAGCUG